CAGAGCUUGUUUUGGAGGAAGUGUUCUGAGCUCGGUUGGCUGUUAGCACGGUUAGCCUGACAGGGGAAAAGCAAAGCGUCAACGGGAACGAAACGGACCAUUGUACCAAAUCGCUUCUGUUACACGGAGGGGGGGAUACAUCGGCAGUGGCAGUGUCGACUUCGAUAAGCAGGCUUGGCUGCGAGGCUAGCUAUCGGAGAAUAUUUAGCUGUCGAUUCGCUUAAAAGUGUUGUUUUGUGACCGUUUACAGGAGCUUUUAGCCUGUUAGUUAGCCUAGCUAGCGCGCCCAACUGAGGCAGAAGAAAAGUCCCACUUUUGAUCUUUUUUUACCGCAGGAUCAUCGCCCAGCUGUGGCACAAUGACAUCAAGGAAGAAAGUUCUACUCAAAGUCAUCAUCCUCGGAGACUCCGGAGUUGGGAAGACCUCGUUGAUGAACCAGUAUGUGAAUAAGAAGUUCAGUAACCAGUACAAAGCCACAAUAGGCGCUGAUUUCCUGACGAAAGAAGUCAUGGUGGAUGACAGACUCGUCACAAUGCAGAUUUGGGACACAGCCGGUCAGGAGAGGUUCCAGUCUUUAGGCGUAGCGUUUUACCGCGGAGCAGACUGCUGCGUCCUGGUGUUUGACGUCACAGCACCGAAUACCUUCAAGACCCUGGACAGCUGGAGGGACGAGUUCCUGAUCCAGGCCGGCCCCCGAGACCCCGAGAACUUCCCCUUUGUGGUGCUGGGCAAUAAGAUCGACUUGGAGAACAGACAGGUAACCACCAAGCGAGCACAGGCGUGGUGUCAAAGCAAGAACAACAUCCCAUAUUUUGAAACCAGCGCCAAGGAGGCGAUCAAUGUGGAGCAAGCCUUCCAGACUAUUGCACGCAACGCCCUUAAACAGGAGACCGAAAUGGGGGACUACAACGAGUUCCCCAUCGUAAUUCUACCGCCUAACGGGCAAUCCAAGCCACCAGUGGAGACCUGCAGCUGCUGAGGACUCUGAAGUUCUCCGGGGAGGCGGUUGUCUCUGCCCUCGCUGCCCUGUCUUGCCUUGUCUAUAUAUACCUUAUCCCAUGGCCCACUGUGUUUAUCCCUAAUACCCAACCAAGAAGCAGCAUCCCACUCAUUGAGUAUACUACAUGCACACAGACAUGCUGCACUCACCUCCUUAUAUAUACAAAACGCACAUAUUCUAUAAAAUAUCAGUCUCCUAGCCCAAAGAACACCCUAUGGUGGUAGAUGCUUAUUACUUACCAGUGUUUCCCCCAUGUACUUUUCCAUGGCGGCAGCAGCGGUGGUGGUGGUGGUUCGGGUUAACCUCAUUUUCAGUUCCAUGUAUAUCGCUGCUUUCACGCCCAGUUUUGGUUCUAACGGCUUUUAUCUGGUCAAUCGAAGCAUUAUAUCUACAUAUUUCUGUUGAUCAGUAAAGUUAGAAAACUAAUGUUUAGUUGUUGGUUUUCAUCAGUUUCUUGAGCAAGUGGUGGUUGUUUUCUACUUUCACGGCCCGCCACUGCUGCAUGAAUAGAGAAAAACACUGUUUCCCCAUUUCACUCAUUUGUGUUGUGGCUUCUUUUUGUUUAUCUAAAACACUUGUUACCAUGAUUUCGCUUUACCUCAUGCAAUUUAUGAAAGAAAUCAGUUGGUAGUGAAGGAUCACAAUGUGUGAAGGUGGGUCACACUAAUAUGCUGUCUGCUGGUUAAUUGGCACAGAAUCUAGCUACGUGAUUGGGCCGUUGGUUUGUAUAGAAUACAGAUCUUUUUUUGCACUUUGCUGUAAUCUACAAUUACUGAAGACAUCUCAUUUUGGAGCCAACCUAAAAGCAAUUGUAGCUCAGGUUGAGGACAUUUGUGGGACUCGGCUCCUCAGACGCUGUUUCUCCACCAGAAUAAAUGAAGGUGCAUCUCAUACCUGGUUGUUUUGGUACAUUUGACGUGGGAAUGAACCAAAUAAAGACAGCAUGUCAUUCCACCUGA